UCUUCUUCUUCUUCCUCCCUUUGCUUCCUUUUUCGUUAACCCAUUAAUCGAUCUUCCCUUCAUUCCUCCGCCAUUGAUAGACUUCACUCAUUCUUCCCCAAUUUCUUUACCUAAAUCGCAUUCUCUUCGCCAAUGUCUUCAAUCCCACGAAUCUUUUUGCUUUUCUCCCUCGGUUUCUCUCUUUUUCCCUCGUUUUUCUCUCUUCCCCAUCCAGACCCACUUACAAUCCGUCCAUUUCAGGUUAACCAGUCGCCGCCAGCCACUAUUCCGGCCUUCCCUGAACAAUCCGACGUUCAGGGCUGCCCGUUAGACCUCCCUGAUGAGCUCUUCCAUGGGGUUAAGACCGCUUGUGGUCCUUCUAAAGGGGGUGUCUCCGGGGAGCUCCAUCGUAGCCGUUGCUGUCCGGUCUUGGCUGCUUGGCUCUACGCUGCUUACUCCGCUACCGCAUUGCAGAGAGCUGGACGACCCGGCGCAGCUGCUGGCCACACUGCGCCGUCGUAUGACCUGCCGCUUCUACCGGAUGACUCCGAAACUUGCGUCAGUAACUUGGAUCAAGCGUUGAAUCAAAGGGGAAUCGAGCUAAUGAAACCUAAUGAGACUUGUGAUGUGGUUUAUUGCUAUUGCGGCAUAAGAUUACACCCUUUGAGCUGCCCUGAAGCGUUUUCAGUGAACCAGAAUGGGAUUCUUGAAGGUGAUAGAAAUGUGAAGAGAUUGGAGAGAAAUUGCUUGAGCAAUGGUAAUGUCAAUGGAUUUCCAGGGCUUGGUGGCUGUUCCAAAUGCUUGAAAAGCCUUUAUCAGCUCAACAACAAAGAAACUUUGAAUUCAAGCAAGGCAGAGAACAGGACCACCAAGAUGCACCACAAGGAGUGUCAGCUGAUGGGUCUAACAUGGCUUCUUGCCAAGAACCGAACGGCGUAUAUCCACACCAUUACAUCGGUGCUUCGCGCUAAAAUGAUGAGCAAAGACGGGUCGGAUCCUAAGUCGUGUACUCUCAACAGCGACGGAAUGCCUCUGGCUGUGGAUUCGGCCGAGAUCUCAGGCAGUUCUGUGUCAACACCAAUUCAGGCAUCACUGAAUCUCGGCCUGGUUUGGGCUGGUUUGUUGUACAAUAUGAUGAUGUGGGUAUCUACACGAUGAGGUUAGAAGUGAUUUCACUUAGAAAUUUGUAACUGUGACCUUUUAUUUUUUUCCUUUUUUUGUGCGUUGUGAUGGUUGUUUUGUAUUGAUGAGGGUUCAGAAAUGAUCUUUGUUCUCUGUGUUGAUUGGAAAAUGCCAAAUUCUUUUCUGAUA